AUGCAGCAAUCCGAGGUAAAAGGUGUCUGUGUGCACCUGGGGCUCCAGCCCUGCCCAGAAAUAUCUAAAAAAAGAAGGCAGAGGGUAAUGAAGGGAGCAAAAGCACACUUAACUCUCCUGUCCUACAAAGGAGGGGACAAGCAAGACUAGAUAACGUCAGAGCAAUGUCUCAUUUUCUUCAGAAACAGGGGUUACCAGAGGUCUUCUUCUCGGAAAGGAACAGGGCAGAGAAAUGGAUCUUUGUCUCUUUAAGAUGAGGCGAACUGCCACUCUUAGUCAUAUAUCUUUACUGCACCCUAGGGUUAUAAAAACAUACAUCUUCAUUUUGAAAGUCUUUUAUUACAUCCAUAAACAUCAGAUUGCAGCUGACUGUUCCCUGGACGAGAAUUUCCAAGCACUCCAAACAAAGAGGAAUUGUUCCAGAAUUUAUUGGGACAGAUUGCUGAGCAGUUCUCGAGGGUUUUUAAAAUCAACGAGCUAAAAACGGAAGUAGCUAAUCACUUGGCAAUGCUGGAGAAAAAGGUGGAAUUGGAAGGCCUGAAAGUGGUGGAGAUUGAGAAAUGCAAGCGUGACAUUAAAAAGAUGAGGGAGGAAAUGGCAGCAAGGAACAGCAGGACUAACUGUCCCUGCAAGUACAGCUUUUUGGAUGAAAACAAGAGGCCAGCUCCCCGGCGGGAUGUACCCUCCUACCCAAAGUACAUGCUGUCCCAGGAGACCAUCGAGGCUCUACGGAAACCAACCUUUGAUGUCUGGCUGUGGGAGCCCAACGAGAUGCUGAGCUGUUUGGAGCACAUGUACCACGACCUUGGGCUGGUAAAAGACUUCAACAUCAAUCCUAUCACGUUGAAGAGGUGGUUGCUGUGUAUUCACGACAAUUACAGAAACAACCCCUUCCACAAUUUCCGGCACUGCUUCUGCGUGACCCAGAUGAUGUACAGCAUGAUCUCACUCUGCAGCCUCCAGGAGAAAUUUUCCCAGAUUGACAUUUUGAUUCUCAUGACGGCAGCAGUGUGCCAUGACUUGGACCAUCCAGGCUAUAACAAUACCUACCAGAUCAACGCGCGGACGGAGCUGGCCGUGCGCUACAACGACAUCUCCCCGCUGGAGAACCACCACUGCGCCGUGGCCUUCCAGAUCAUCUCCCAGCCAGAGUUCAACAUCUUCUCCAACGUGGACCAGGAGCAGUUCAAACAGAUAAGACAGGGGAUAAUUACAUUAAUCCUGGCUACAGACAUGGCGAGACAUGCAGAAAUACUGGACUCUUUCAAGGAAAAAAUGGAAAACUUUGAUUACACAAAUGAAGAACACAUGACCUGUCUGAAGAUGGUACUGAUAAAAUGCUGUGACAUCUCCAACGAAGUCCGCCCGAUGGAAGUAGCAGAGCCCUGGGUAGAUUGCUUACUGGAGGAGUAUUUUAUGCAGAGCGACCGAGAAAAAUCCGAGGGGCUGCCGGUGGCGCCGUUCAUGGACCGCGACAAAGUGACCAAGCCCACGGCACAGAUCGGGUUCCUCAAGUUCGUCCUCAUCCCCAUGUUCGAAACUGUGACGAAGCUGUUCCCAGAAGUGGAGGAGGUGAUGCUCCAGCCUCUGUGGGAAUCCAGGGACCACUACGAGGGGCUAAAACAGAUAGAUGAUGCCAUGAAAGAGCUGCAGAAACAGAAAAGUGAAGGUUUGACGUCCAGCAGUACUGAAAAGUGAGAAGAAACAGCCUUUGAACAAAAAACCACGAGCCCUGGGGCUGCUCUGGUUUGAGAAAUGCUGUAUUUGCCAGGCAGAGGUGGUGGCUACGUCAAAAUCCCAGUGGGACCAUACAGGGAGAGGUGGCAGGGAUGGAUCCACAGCCUGCAGCCUCCUCUCAGAGGAGCUGUGUCGGGCACCACGGGCUCCCCAGACUCUGGCAU